UUGUGAGAAUAACUUCCGGGUGACGGAGUAACUUCCGGCUGUCACAAGUUCGAGUCCCUAGCGCUCAGGUUUAAAGUUGAUUAUUUAUUAUUGUAUUUAAAAACGCAAUACAAUUAAAAAAGCUUCGUAACUUCCGGGUUGUCUUCCCCGGUCCUGUCCGGUUCUCUGACGGAGUUUCUCCGGAGCUCGGAGCAGAAAUGUCUUCGUUAUGGAGCCUGAGGCCGUUUCUGACGUCACUGUUUCAAGCCUCCCAUCAUGCCUCUGCCUGGACGGGGCCCCUCCUCUCCAGGACGAUGGCCACCCUCAACCAGAUGCACCGGCAGGGGAAGCCCAAACCGCCUCCUAAAGCCGUCGGUGCCACGUUUGGCCGGCCCCAGCUGAAAGCGGUGAUCCUGAAGACCAUGAUCCGAAAGCCCAAGAAGCCCAACUCCGCCAACAGGAAGUGCGCUCGGGUGCGUCUGUCCAAUGGGAAGGAGGCAGUGGUGUUCAUCCCCGGGGAGGGGCACAACCUGCAGGAGCACAACGUGGUGCUGGUGCAGGGCGGGAGGACGCAGGACCUGCCCGGGGUUAAACUCACCGUGGUCAGAGGCAAAUAUGACUGUGCUCACGUGGUGAAGAAGAAACAGUAGAGUGAGAGAGGGGAGCGUUCUUUCUCAGCUGUUUUAUAAAUGUUUGUGCUCUUUACUCUGCAUCAUCACGGUGACCUUGUCAAAGGUCAAGUCAGAAACAUGUGGACGCACAGAGACGUGAUUCUCCGGUUGUGCUCGUCAGAUGUUGAAACCUGCUGCAGAGUUUUACUCCUGUUCAGACUCGAGCAUUAGUGCAGCACUGAUACUGGAUCAUAAUGUUUAUGUCACAUGGGAAUAAUUAGAAUGAUCAAUAUGACUCUUUGUCUCAACCUAAAUUCAUGAAUUCAUAUUUGAGGAGAAUAAUAAAGAUGCCUCAUGUCACACAAA